AUGGGCAUUUUUGGAAGGAAGAAGGAGGCCGAGUUGGCCGUCGGUGCAGGGCUUGCUUCGGUUCUUCCGAGUAAUGCAAAGGGAUGGUACGUAACACCACAUCUGAUCAAGCUCAACCUCGCCCUGUUGGUUCCUUUAUUCUCAGCUUCAUCCGUGGGCUACGAUGGUCUUUACUUCCUACCUGAAUCGCCGAGAUGGCUCAUAUCUCGUGGUCGUAAAGAAGAGGCUCGCCAGAUCCUUGCCCAGUACCAUGCAGGUGGUGAUUAUGACUCACCACUUGUACUUUUCGAAGUUAAUGAGAUCGAACUUGCCGUCACCGAAGAAGCAGAGGUGCUUUCUGGAAUUUCCUGGCUGGAACUCUUCAGAACCAAAGCCAAUCGCAAACGAACACUAAUUGCAGUAAUCACUGGUUGGUUUGGACAAUGGAAUGGAGUUGGCGUCGUCAGCUAUUAUCUCACCCUCGUGCUCAACUCGAUUGGUAUAAUCAAGGCCAAAGACCAGACCUUGAUCAAUGGGCUUCUUCAAAUCUUCAACUGGCUUGCAGCAACCUUUGCAGGGGCCAUGAUGGUCGAUCGACUUGGUCGCCGAACACUCUUCUUAGCGUCUACAGCUGGUAUGCUGGCAAGUUACGUGGUCUGGACGGGCUUGACCUCCAGUUUUGUCCAUACAAAGAAUGAAGAUACUGGCCGGGCCGUCGUGGCUUUCAUCUUCAUCUAUUACUUCUUCUAUGAUAUUGCUUGGACGCCGCUAUUGCAGGCCUACCCCGUUGAGAUCUUCCCUUACACUCUUCGUGGGCGUGGUUUGUCCAUAACAUACAUUUCAUCGUUUGUCGGCCUCAUUUUGGGGAAUCAGGUCAACCCGAUCGCAAUGAAGAAGAUUGGCUGGAAAUACUAUAUUGUAUUCUGUUGUCUGUUGGCUGUUCUUCUCGUCAUCAUCUGGUUUCUCUUCCCGGAAACCAAAGGUCAUACCCUUGAGGAGAUCCGGGAGAUUUUUGAGGGUAAGCUUGGGUAUCAAGCCGACAAAACAGAUCAAGAAGAGACAGAGAAAGCCCUGGAUGAGGCUCAGAAGACUGGAGUUGAUGGGCGCAAGGAUGCCAAUGCCUACCAUGCUGAACUUGUCUGA